UUUUUUUUUAAUAUUGCAAUAGGUGUGUUUAACUCCUAGUGGAAAUGACAUGAAGAUUCAACAACCCAAUGAGAUUCCUAUCAGAAGGAAUUACUUGCCAGCUUUGAAAGUGGAAUACAGCUCGUCAGCACAUCAGAAGUCUUUCAGAAUUCAAAUUUACAGAAUACAAAUUCAAAACCAGAUUCCUGGAGCCAUAUUUCCCUUUGUGUUCUAUCCUAUUAAACCUCCAAAGUCCAUCACCUUGGAUUCAGCACCAAAGCCAUUUACUGAUGUCAGUAUUGUUAUGAGAACUGCAGGACAUUCACAAAUAUCUCAUAUUAAAUACUUUAAGGUCUUGAUUCAAGAAAUGGAUCUCAGAUUAGACCUUGGCUUCCUGAAUGCACUGGUUGAAUUUUUUACACAGACUGAUGUACCGAAUGUCGAACAGCUGGAAGUUUUCAAAAAGGAUGUAGAAUCUCUUCAGGAAGAACUGAUGAGUGUGUCAUCCAUGGAUACAUCACAAAUCAGCUUGUAUGAGUACUUCCAUAUCUCUCCGAUUAAGUUACACUUAAGCUUUUCACUCAGUACUGGUGGUGAAGAUAGUAACAAAGAAGAAAGGAAGAAAGAACUGAUACCACUUCAGUCCUUGAAUCUCCUUCUGAAGAGCAUAGGUGCCACCCUCACAGAUGUGCAAGAUGUUGUCUUCAAGUUGGCAUUCUUUGAACUCAGCUAUCACUUCUGUACUACACAGCAGCUACAAUCAGCAGUGAAAAAGCAUUAUUCAAAACAGGCUAUUAAGCAGAUGUAUGUUCUUAUUCUUGGUCUUGAUGUCUUGGGCAAUCCAUUUGGAUUCAUAAGAGGCUUAUCUGAAGGAGUAGAAGCAUUUUUCUAUGAACCUUAUCAGGGAGCCAUCCAGGGUCCUGAAGAAUUUAUAGAAGGAAUGGCACUAGGACUUAAAGCACUAGUAGGGGGAGCUGUUGGUGGAUUAGCAGGUGCUGCUUCAAGAAUCACUGGUGCUAUGGCAAAAGGUGUUGCUGCAAUAACGAUGGAUGAGGAUUACCAGCAAAAAAGGAGAGAAGCCAUGAAUAAACAGCCCACUGGUCUGAGAGAGGGUAUCACUCGUGGAGGAAAAGGAUUAGUUUCCGGUUUUGUCAGUGGCAUAACCGGAAUAGUUACAAAACCAAUAAGAGGAGCUCAGAAAGAAGGAGCAGCUGGUUUUUUCAAAGGUGUUGGAAAAGGAUUAGUGGGAGCAGUAGCUAGGCCUACUGGAGGAAUCAUAGACAUGGCAAGCAGCACAUUUCAGGGUAUCAAAAACAGCAGGACUGGCCUUCAGGAAUUCCACUUCCCAGAGACCAGGGCAAAUACUGGAGCAAGAAGGAUGCGUUCUCAGUCCUCAGGAAGAGGAUCAUAUCAGGGAAUACUUAAAACAAACAGAACAUAUAUAAGCCUAUGGGCCUUGGUGGGAUGCACCCACAAGUGCUGAGGGAGCUGGCAGAUAUUGUUGUGAGGCAUUUCUAGAUAAUCUUUCAUCUAUUCUGAUGAUUAAGACAAGUCUGAAAACUGGAGGAAAACAAAUGUCACUCCUGUUUUCAAAAAAAGUGUGAAGGAGUACCUGGUGAACUGUAGUAAGGUCAGUCAACCUCACCUCAUCUCCUGGGAAGGUGAUGGAGUCAUACUGGAAACAAUCUCCAGACUUAUGAGGGGUAAGAAAAUUACCAAAAAUAAUCUGUGUGGGUUCAUGUAAAGAAAAUCAUGCAUAACCAAACUGAUAAUCUUCUGUGAUGAAAGCACCAGUCAAACGGAUGAGAGGAGAGCAUUAUCUUCCUUGACUUCACCAAGGCCUUUGGCACCAUUGACCAUCAAGAAGCUUUUACAUUAUGGGUUGGAUAAGCAGGCAUUAAGGUGGGUAGAAAUUAUGCUGACUGGCCCAGAUGGUAAAGGUGAGUGAUACAGUCUAGUUGGAGGCCAGCAAUGAAUAAAGGUACCCUGGAGGUCUAUACAGGGUGCAGUCACAUUUAAUAUCUUCAUUAAUGAUCUGCAUGGUGGGAUGCAGUGCACUCUCAGUACAUUUAGGUGACACAAAAUCGGGAUGCGUGUCUGAUUGAUCAGACAGUUGUGCGACCAUCCAGAGGGCCCUCAGUGAGCUGGAGAAAUUGGCUGACAGAAACCUCCUGAUGUUCAGAAAGUGGAAAGUCUUGCAACUUGAGUGGAACAGUCUCAGGCACCAGUACAUGCUAGACCACUCAGAUGGGAGGUAGCUUUGCUGGAAAUGCCUUGAGAGUCCAAGUGGAUACCAAACUAAAUCCGAGCCAUCAAGGUGCCCUUGCAGCAAAGUAGGCUAAUGGCUUACUGAGCAGCAGUAAGAAGAGUAUUUGCCAGCAGGUCAAAAAACAUGAUUCUUCCCUCAACUGAGAAGACCAUGCCUGAAGUGCUGUGUCGUCGUCUUCGCUGCCUGCUGUAAGUGACUCUCAGAGAGAAUCCAGUGAUGGGCCACAGAGAUGAUGAAGGAACUAGAGAAUUUUUCCUCUGAGGAAAUGCUGAUGGAGCUAGGAUUGUUUAGGCUGAAGAAGAGAAGGACUAGUGGGAUGAUCUUAUCAAUAUCUGUAAAUACCUGAAGGGAGAGUACCAAAAGGACAGAACCUAGCUCUGUUCAGUGGUGUCCAGUGACAGGACCAAAGGCAAUGGGGACAAACUGGAACACAAGAUAUUUUGACUGACAUCAGGAGAUAUUUCUUUGUGUGAGAGAUGGAGCAUUGGCAUAGACUGAUCAGAGAUGUUGUGGAGUCUCCAAUCUUGGUGAUCUCCAAAGGCUUGUCUGGCCGUGGUCCUGGGCAUCCUGCUCUGCAUGUCUCUGCUUGAGCAGGGGAGUGGACUACAUAACUUUCACAGUUCCCUUCCGAUCUCAACUGUUCUCUGCCUCUAUGAAAUAUUCCAGUUGUGUUCUGCUUUGCGCUAUUUCAUGUUCUAGAAGUCAUUCUCUGAAGUAGAUUGCAUUAAUUAGAAACCUUUUAAUUAUUUCAUAGAGUGAUUACUUUCUAUUUUUGUGUCAAAUGUCUACACAGACAACAGCUGCUGUACUAGUACAUGAAUUUACAAUAUUUUGAAUAUAAAAUAGUGACUUUGGUUAAAUAUUAUAGCUAAGUACCUAUGUACCUAUGUGUAACUUAAAUUUGCUGAUUUAUUGUCAGAGUUGCAGAUUCAUCAGAAGAUGUGGUAAGCCUACGCCCACCUCGCUUCUUUGGUGAAGAUGGUGUUAUUAGACCAUACAGAUUAAGAGAUGGAACUGGAAGUCAAAUG